CUCACUCUAACACUGUUGUUGUUUUGAUGCCUAAUUACCUCCAAUUAUUACUAAAUGAGUCAGACUGCAACGUCUCUGUGUCAAUGUUUUGGGGUUUAAAAUGGUGUGUAGUGCUCAUAUGUAGGUAUUUGUAUUUGUGUGUUUGUGCACCUGCUCACUCAGCUUUGGGCAUGCAAGCAUGCAUGUGAAUAAAACAUUUCAGGAGCUUGAAAGAUCAUUAUGGGGAUUAUAUAGAGAUUUAACAGGGACCCCAACCUCUACCCUCACCCCUUCUCCCCUUCCCUGUCCUCCCUCCUCCUCCUAGGGGCUCAGUCCACUCAGCUGACUCGGCUUUGUUCAACACUGCGAAGGAGUUUCUAAAACUCUUUUGUAACCACUCUCACACCAUCAAAAAGCAAGAGAUAUACAGGUUGAUGCUGCUAACACAGAUAAAAGGCGAAGAAUAGCAGCAAGCAUGGAUAUUUUGAUUACUGGGGUUUGAAAAUAAUUUGUUGUGAAUUAUAUUGUGUUAUUUUUUUCAUUUUUACCUGGAUUACGUUGAUGAAUGUCCAACAAAGGGCUCUGCUGUGCUGAAGGAGUGAAGGCCGUAAGCUUACUACAUUUCAGUGGAAGUUUACUGUCGGAGCAAAAAGUGAACAAUGUUAAGAAAACCCAGGAAAACAUCUUUAACGUUCCCUCAAGUAGAAACAGCUCUCUUCACAAUGUCACCACUGAUGUGUUUAUCACAACAUCAGGCUCUUUAAGAAGAGGAGCACUGACAGAGUGACAGCGGACUAAAGAUGUCUGACCUCAGCCAAGUUGCAGUGUACUCAGACUCUUCAGAUAUUUAUAAGAAUGUGUUCUGCAACCCUGCCUUUGAGCUGGAGGGGGAGCGAGAGGAGAGGGUGGAGGGAUUCAGGACAUCCUCGUCCACCCCUGAACCUAGCAAACCGCCAGCAGCUAGCCUAGGCUGGGGUCUGUUUGGGGUGUGUGUGAUGCGUCUGCGGGGCCCGGGUUGUGGUUGGGGGGUGGUGGUGGUCUCUGCCGCUGCCCUGCUCCUGUUGGCAGCCCUCGGACUGGCGCUGGCCCUCAUCCUCACACAGAUAAAAGGCCAGGCAGUGGAGGAUCAGUUGUUGUCCACCAGCCCUCCAGACCUGCUGAGUGCAGGAGAUGGAGCGUCCCAUACUUUACCCACAAUCUCUGCUGACAGAAGUCAAUUGGAGAGUACAGCCGCACCACAACCCGCCAGGAUCCCACCAUCUGAAACACGUUGUGGAGGGGUUUUAACUGACUCAGAGGGCAGUUUCAGUUCUCCAAACCACCCCGGCUCCUACCCCUCCAACUUGCUGUGUGUAUGGGUGAUCCGAGUCCCAUCCCCCUCCUUGGUCCAGAUCCACGUUUCCUCUCUGACUGUAGAGGGACCAUCUCCCUGCCUGUUUGACUGGCUUGAGGUACAGGAGCAGAUAGAACAGAGCUCUGUGGUCACCAGGUUCUGUGGUAAUGUAGCACCACCAACAGUCAACACAAACAGCAGCACAGUGUGGGUUACCUUCCGCUCUGAUGGCAGCAUCGCAGGCAGCGGCUUCACUGCACAGUACAGGGCCAUACAUCCUGGACACAAGAGCUGCUCCAGAGAAGAGUUUAUGUGUGACAGUGGUCGCUGUCUGCUGCCUGUGUCUGUGUGUGACGGUCAUCCCAACUGCCACGACCAAACAGAUGAGGCAAACUGCAGCCAUAAACACAAAGAAUGUGGUGGGCAGAAGACCGGGCCGUAUGGUUACAUGUCAAGUCCAAACCACCCGAGGCCUUAUCCUCACCAGCAGUUGUGCAUAUGGUAUAUAGCUGUUGAGGAGGGUCACGUCAUCACACUGAGCUUCAGGAACUUCAGCUUGGAGACUCAGGAUGUUUGUGAGUUUGACUACGUGGAGGUGCACGACAGCGUUGAUUCCAGAGCUGGAAAAGUGCUGGGACGGUUUUGUGGUACCACCUUCCCUCCAGACCUGACCUCUUCCGGCCCCCACAUGACUGUGGUGUUUGUGGCUGAUGAGGGAGUGGCCGACAGCGGCUUCAACGCAACAUACCAGGCUGUGUCUGUACUGGACAGGACAUGUGGUCCCAGCCAGUUUGCCUGCAGAACAGGGGAGUGUCUUCAGCAGCAGUGGUUGUGUGAUGGAUGGAACGACUGCCCUGAUGGAGCAGAUGAACAGGGCUGUGGCAACUCCACCUACCCUCCCUUCACUUCGUCGUGUGAGUUCAUAGAGGUAGAGAUGUGUCAAGGCCUCAGCUACAACCUCACCUCAUUCCCAAACAUCUGGCUGUCCAUUGCUGAUCAGAGAGAAGCUGCCGCACUCCUGCGACAGUACCGGGUGCUGAUGGAGCUGGCGUGCUUCGAGCCCUUACGGAGGCUGGUGUGUGGGAUGUUUCUGCCCCAGUGCAGCCCUCAGGGUGGCGUCCUCCAGCCAUGCCGAUCAGUCUGCUCCUCUGCUGAGCAGCAAUGCAGCCAAGCCCUGGAUCUCUUCUCAUUCAGCUGGCCCUUCAACUGCCACCUCCUGCCUGACUCACAGGACCCCAUGGAGUGCUCGCUGCCUUGAUGCUCUAAGAGUUGAUGAUCAUCUCCACCCCAGUCUACUUUUUCAGAAAACAUUUCAGACCAGAUUUGCAGCAGUAUUUGAGGACUGAAAGGCCGGCAUUUUACAGAGCUGCUUUUACACAGCAUUCAAGAGUUGUGUUGUAGAAAGCAGUUUGACUUGUGGCAACCUCAACCUAUAAAGCUUGUGGUGCAUGCAGAAAAGGAUGGCACAGUAACUAUUUUGAAAGAAAAGCUUUAAAGUUCUUGGACAAUUACUUCUUCUUGUCUAAGUACUUUAAAGCUUUUUUCAAGUUUUUGUCAUUCAGAUACCAACUAAGCAAAAUGAAAAUGUUUAAUCUCCCUCUCCAAUAGAAAUCAAACUGUUGUAAAUUGUCUUUUUGCACUAUUUAUUGCUUUGAUGUAAAUCAUGUAAAACAGAUCUCACUUAUGAAGAAAGAAUGAAUACAGAAAAUACCUUUUAAAACAACCUUUAUUGCAUUGUUCAUCAACACCACAUGGUGUGCUUACAUCAUGUCAGUGUUUAUAACAGUCCAGAUUUUAUCUAGUGUGAGAUAAAAUGGGCAUGAGCUGAAUCACACUGGAAAUCAUGAACUCUGUUGUCUGCUGAGCAGACAUGAUAAAAUGUAACAAACACAAGCAUCAUGUGAAACUCACAUGGCAAAAGUUAUCUCAGUGACUCACUGAUUUAACUUGUAAAAAACAAU